AUGCUCACAGCAGUAACAAAUGCAACGGGAAAUUCGGCUGGUGCUAAACUGAGGUGCUUGUACACGAAUGCUCAAAGCCUCCUAUCGAAACUAGACGAACUAAAACUUUGCCUUGUUGAGCUGUCUCCAGAUGUUUUAGCAGUAACUGAGACCUGGUUGUCCGAGAAUAUUAGCGAUAAUGAAGUAGCCUUGCCUGGAUACCAAAUUUAUCGGAGGGACAGGGAACAUCGUCAGGGUGGUGGUAUCGUUGUGUAUGUGAAUGACGGUCUGGCAGUGUCGGAUAACACCACCAAGUUUGUGUGCAGUACGGAAGCUAUCUGGUUGACCAUCAAGGCUACCGGUUCCCCGUGUCUCGAUGUCCUCACUGUCUACCGACCUCCUCGGACAGACCGAAUCGCCGACACUCAACUAUUGGAGCAGUUGGAGAAAUUUUCCAGUCGACCUAACAUCAUGAUCAUGGGCGACUUCAACGCACCAGGAACAAACUGGAAUACCCUCCAAGCGUCAGGUCCAAAAUCGGCAUUCGAUUACCGCCUGUUGAGCAAAUCAUUAAAUGCGUGCCUCACACAACAUGUAAUGUUCCCAACGAGAACACGUGAAGGACAAAGGGCAAACUGCCUGGAUCUGGUCUUUACGAAAACACCAGACAGCAUAGACGAGAUCGCCUCCAUGCCGCCCCUUGGCCGAAGUGACCACGUAGUGCUUAUGUGGGAUUAUUCGUUAUUCUCCAUUUCACACACUCCAGGCCACAAAAGGCGUAAUGUUUGGCGGGGCAAUUUCAAUCAGACGAGGGCAGACUUAUCUGGUCUUGACUGGGGCUCUUUGUUUACGGGAAGUGCCAACGAUGACUGGGAGCUGUUCAAGAAUGUCCUUCUGCGGCUCAUCAACAACCACUGCCCUCUGACUAGUGUAAGACUGAACAAACGCCCUGGGUGGCUAAAUAGCAACCUCAAAAAAGAAAUCAACAGGAAGCACAAAUUGUGGAGAAAAUACUGCGUCACUAGACAAGCUGAAUGCUUCAACACCUACAAGACACAGAGGAACAAACUGAGGAAGCUGAUAAUUCAGACGCGGCGGGAAUUCGAGAAGAACUUGCUACAAAAAGCAACGCAGAACCCAAAAUUGCUCUACAGCUACCUCCGACGAAUUACAAGGAACAGGCAUCAAAUCCCCUGGAUAAAGACUACUGAUGGCGUUGAGAUCGCUGAUAGUAGGGAUAAAGCUGCGCAUUUUUCACGGUUUUUCCAAUCAGUCUAUACAAACGAGGCAAGCUCCCUUCCUCCCUCCACAGAAGAACUGCCGACUCCAAGCGUCAGUGAUAUACUCUUCUCAGAAGGCAUUGUCCGAAGAGAAUUAGAGGCAUUGAACGAAUCGAAGUCGCCAGGACCAGACGAGAUUCCAUCCAAGCUUCUGAAGGAACUUGCCCGUGAGCUCUCUGUGCCUUUGUCGAUGCUCUUUCAAACGUCAUUUGACACUGGAACACUUCCUAUCGAUUGGAAGCUGGCGCAUAUUACUCCGCUACACAAAGGAGGUAACAGGGCAGCGACGACAAAUUACCGGCCCAUAAGCUUGACAUGCAUUCUCUGCAAAGUUAUGGAAAGGAUCAUAAAGUGUGAACUGAUGCAAUUCCUGGAAGUUCACGGCCUGCUAUCGAAAUGCCAACAUGGGUUCCGAAAAGGAAGAUCCUGCACGACAAACCUGCUGCAAUCUCUCCAGAGCUGGACCCAAGCUCUCGACGACAGGCACGCGGUCCACAUAGCCUUCAUCGACUUCCAGAAGGCUUUCGACACUGUUCCACACCAAAGGCUCUUACAUAAGCUGAAAAAAAUAGGGAUCGGUGGCAACUUCCAUAAAUGGAUCGAAAACUUCCUUGUGGGUCGACAGCAGGUUGUGUGCGUCGGUCGGGGAAAAUCAGAUCCGGCUAUGGUCGAAAGUGGUGUCCCCCAGGGUUCAGUACUGGGACCCAUUUUGUUCCUUAUCUACGUGAACGAUGCCGCAAGAGAUUUGGACUGUGAAGUAGCAAUGUUUGCGGACGACAUGAAGAUAUGGAGUGUAAUUCGUGGUCCUGCCGAUGAAGACAGACUGCAGAUGAACCUGAAUCGGUUGGAGGAGUGGUCAAACCGUUGGCUCCUGCGGUUCAACGUUGCCAAAUGUAGCAUUCUUCGCCUAGGCAACACAGCCCGUUCCGCCAGCACAAGAGGCUACUUUCUGGGCGGUGCAGCCCUACAAGAGGUCGAAACCCAAAAGGACCUCGGUGUGCUUACGACGAGUUCCCUAAAACCAUCCGCCCACUGUUCGAGGGUGGCAAAAACCGCAAUGUCCGUACUGUACGCCAUCAAGCGUGCGUUUAUGGACUUUGACGAAGAAGCCUUCUCUAAGACAUUCGGAACAUUCGUCCGGCCGCAUUUAGAGUACGGCAUCCAAGCUUGGAGGCCGUGGGGUGUUGUGGAUCAAAACUGCCUCGAAAGAGUCCAGAGGAGAGCCACGAAGAUGGUCAGGGGUCAAAGCUCCUUUCCUUAUGCGACCCGCCUAGUAAAUCCGAACCUCUUUCCUUUGAGUUACAGGCAACUUCGCGGAGAUUUCUUGCAAGCCUUCCGCAUUGUAAAGGGGUUGGAUUGCAGUCUGGCCUUCGAGGACUUUUUUGAAUUUGCUACCACGACCAACCUCCGAGGUCACCCGUUAAAACUGCGCACUCAGCAGGCACGGCUGGAUGUGCGGAAGUUCUCCUUCUCGGUUCGGGUGGUCAAACCGUGGAAUGAGCUUCCCGCAGAUGUUGUGAUGUCACCAUCUAUACAAAGUUUUAAGAAGAAUCUGGACAUAUUUAUGUUCCGAAAUGACCAAGAGCGAUGA